UGUGGUGAUUAGAUUGGUUGGUGAACGUUCUGUCAAAUCCUGACCGAGUUGCGCGAGUCCCUGGCCCUUUAAAUCAGUUAAAUUGUCUUAAAAUUAAUACCGCUAUCUUGACAUUUCUUUCACAACCGAGACCAUGUUUGCCAUUUGAAAACGGACUAUCGUGACACUGAUUGGAACGACGUGGACAGUCCCAAAAAAAUCCAGUUUCAGGUAUCAACUCGUCUGUGUGUGUUUUUUUUUUUUACAAACCCAGUAUUCCUGAACACAUCACAGAGGGACAAUGAGUGAGCUGGAACAGUUACGGCAGGAAGCAGAGCAACUACGCAAUCAAAUCCGGGAUGCUAGGAAAGCCUGUAGUGACUCCACUCUUUCACAGAUCACAGCUGGUCUGGACUCAGUGGGCCGGAUACAGAUGAGGACGCGGCGUACUCUCAGGGGCCACCUCGCCAAGAUCUAUGCAAUGCACUGGGGCACCGACUCCAGGUUACUUGUAAGCGCCUCCCAAGAUGGCAAAUUAAUCAUUUGGGACAGUUACACAACUAACAAGAUGCAUGCCAUCCCGCUGCGGUCCUCCUGGGUGAUGACCUGUGCCUACGCGCCCUCUGGGAACUACGUGGCGUGCGGAGGCCUGGACAACAUCUGUUCUAUCUACAGCCUGAAGACCCGCGAGGGAAACGUGCGCGUCACCCGCGAGCUACCCGGACACACAGGCUAUUUGUCUUGCUGUCGUUUCCUGGAUGACAACCAGAUUGUCACUAGUUCCGGGGACACAACCUGUGCUUUAUGGGACAUCGAGACGGGUCAGAUGGCCACCAGCUUUACGGGCCACACGGGGGACGUGAUGAGCCUGUCCCUUAGUCCCGACUUCAAGACCUUUGUGUCGGGGGCCUGUGACGCCUCCUCCAAGCUGUGGGAUGUCCGGGACGGCAUGUGCAGGCAGUCCUUCACUGGUCACGUGUCCGACAUUAACGCUGUCUGUUUCUUCCCCAACGGCAACGCCUUUACCACGGGCUCGGACGACGCCACCUGCCGCCUGUUUGACCUGCGCGCCGACCAAGAGCUGAUGAUGUACUCGCACGACAACAUAAUCUGCGGCAUCACCUCAGUGGCCUUCUCCAAGAGUGGCCGUCUGCUGCUGGCCGGCUACGACGACUUCAACUGCAACGUGUGGGACACCCUCAAGGCCGAGCGUGCAGGUGUCCUGGCCGGUCACGACAACAGGGUGAGCUGUUUAGGUGUGACAGACGACGGCAUGGCUGUAGCCACGGGCUCAUGGGACAGUUUCCUCAGAAUCUGGAAUUAAACCCUCCAGCUCACGUCCUCCUCUCUCCCCCCUCCACCAUUCCACCCACUCAUACUGCUGGGUUUGGACUUGAGGGUGAACACUGUCUCCCACCACCAACGUCCCGUCCACCACCUCCCACCUUCCACCCGUCCAAUCCACAGCCAGAGUUUUUUUUUACCCACCUAUUCAUUACACAGAUCUCUCAGUACCCACAGGUAGAAUGACCAAUCAAAAGAAAAAAAACAACCUCGCAUCCCCUCUUGUUUUUGGACAGGUGAAGCACUAGAGCGCAUGUUACCGUGGUUACCGCCAAAUUAGAGGACAGUCCCGUGUGUAAUAUGUAAAUGUAUAUAUAAAUACAGUAUAUAUGCAUAGCAUUAUGUGUGUGUGUGUGUGUGUGUGUGUGUGUGUAUAUAUAUGCAUAUAUAAUGUGUAUGUAUAUAUUUUUGUAAUUUUUAUCCCUACCCUUUUGUUUUAUUUGCCUUACAUUGUUUAAUGUAUAUAAUAUUCACAGUACUAGACGAUAACACAAUUCUGAUUUUGUCACUUGCCUCAUGUACAACAUAAUGGACAUUUCUGUGUGUGUGUGCGCGCGCAUGUGUGUGCAUGUGCACGUGUGAUGGUCUACCGGCAAAGGCAUGCACACAUGUACUGUAACUAAAAUACUGUAUAUUCAUGUUGAUGAUAGGUAACGAUAUGAGUUAUGAACUGGUGGCAUUCCUAUCAACAAACAUGUUGUUUUUGGAACACAACUGUUGUGGUUGUUUUGUAGAGACUGACUAAUAACGUUAUUUUUUUUUUGUCAUGCCGCAGUUUUAGCCAAAUCCCUUUUUCUAGAAACUAGUUCAUCUAGGCUGUGAUACACAGCCACUGUAGUUGUUGGAGGCACAGCCUCUCUGCAGUCUAACAAACUCAAAACAGCGUGAAACUACAGCCUAAAGCCCUUUACAAACGGGGUCUUGGGCUACGUUCAAAACCGCGAUUGUAUGGCAAAUAGUAUUACAUCACGCCCACGCCUUGCAAAUCAACAAUAGUGUGAUAUGUAAUACAUAUGUUGCGAUGAAUUACUAAUAGAGGCUUUACUGCAUAAAGGCCAAAGCCUUUACAUUUAACCUUUUAUUUAACUAGGCAAGUCAGUUAAGAACAAUUUCUUAUUUACAAUGGCGGCCUCCAUCUGACCACUGAGGAUAGGGGAAAUCUAGGGCCCAAUGGUAUCAAACGUAGGGCUCCAAACUGACAGGGGAAGGUUCCAAGGAGUGUGAUCCUGGGGCUACUGUGAGCUAGCUCAGGCCUAUAUCAUAGGACUAAAGAAGUACAGAGAAUUGGAAAUGCUUGCAGUCUAUACAGUCUCUACCCGAGGCUGGUCAGUCGAAGCAUUAAGAUGUGAAUAAAAUGACUGCUCAAUGAGCUGUGAGUAAAUCCUUGUCAUUCCUUCCCCGAGUGGACUCGAGGGAAGAUGCCUUUAAUAGCUUCUUGCUAUGUCAUCUUGCAUUUUAUUUUAGAAGCUCUUGAUAAACCAUCAACAGGGUGGUUUAGUUGAGUGAGUAACGUUACCGCUGUUGGUUUAAAAAAUCUCCUCACUAAAAAUCAGCACCAUAAAGCCUGUAAUGUUGUUAUAAAUAAAUGUUGGUCCUUUAUCUAACACUUUUUUCCCCCCUCCUCACAAAAACAAACAUUAUCAACAGUUUUAAGUAUUGCUGGAGAAGAACGUUCACUUGGUAGAGGGCUAGAUUAUGCUCCUCAAAUGUAAACAAAGAACACAUGCAACAUACUGCCCAACAGCAGGGAGAAGGUACAGGUAACUGCUAAAAUAUUGUAAACCAGGGAUACAAAGUGUAUUGAAAGCAGGUGCUUCCACACAGGCAGGUGUGGUUCCUGAGUUAAGAAAUUAACAUCACAUCAUGCUUAGGGUCAUGUAUUAACAUUCUGGGCAGGCUAUUAUUUUGGCUACCAUGGCUAUGCCCCUCCCCAUAGGAUGACAAUGCCCCCCCAUCCACAGGGCACGAGUGGUCACUAAAUGGUUUGAUGAGAAUGAAAACAAUGUAAGUCAUAUUCCAUUACCGUCUCAGUCACCAGAUCUCAACCCAAUUGAAUACUUGUGGGAGAUUCUGGAGCGGCGCCUGAGACAGCGUUUUCCACCACCAUCAACAAAAACACCAAAUGGUGGAAUUUAUUUUGGAAGAAUGAUGUCGCAUCCCUCCAAUAGAGUUCCAGACACUUGUAGAAUCUAUGCCAAGGUGUAUUGACGUUCCUCUGACAACUCAUGGUGGCACAACACCUUAACACACUUCAUGUUGGCGUAUUCUUUAUUUUGGCAGUUGCCCGUGUCUCUCACAAGACUUUGUUAGUUUGUGCAUCAGUCAUCUUCCGUUUUCCUCGCAAGAAAACUUUGGUUUGGAGGCAACACUUGAAUAAGGGUGCAUAUUUUUUUUGUUAUACACCCUAACUUCCUAAACAACUAUAUAUAUAUAUAUAUAUAUAUAUAUAUAUAUAUAUAUAUAUAUAUAUAUAUAUUAGUACAUUGGAUCCAUGUGGUUCGUAUUAGAAGGAUCUGUGGCUUGAGAUCAUUCUGCCAAUCUCAUUGCCAACAUUGACCGGAACUGGCCAGAAACUCAGAUGUUGGGCCUGUAGUUCAAGCCUUCACUUUUUCCAACAUUUCAGUUGACCUCAAUCACCCAGUUGCCUAAUGAGGCGCCACUAUUUCAGUGGGCCCCAAGAGAACGUUAGAAGAUAAUUGUCUCGUUUAGAAAAAUUGGCACUGGGUAAAGAAUGAGGCAGGCUUUAACCUGCUAUAACAGUCAAAUGAUUUGCUGAAAUCAAGCAAUUGUGAAGCACAGAGCCACAUCAGUACUAUAGUAAACACUAAAAGCCAAGCUUAACAGAUGACCACAACUGAAGAAGUGCAAACCGCAUGCAGAUCUCAACAGUGCUGUAUAUUAUUUUAUACAAUUCUGAUUUCUACCGUACAAUGUUGUAUUUAUUGAUUACAAGGAGCACCCUGUGAUCAUAGUGAUUUAUAUACGUUUUAUUUAGUUGUAUGUUUUUAGCUGCUUUACCUGGCUUUGCAUUAAUUAGAUAAAUGUCAAAGAAAUGGCUGGUGGUUUAUUAUGCCCCGAAAACACAUCCUGGAGGUGACUUGGAUGGGAAAAGUAUUCCAUAUAUCAGUGUUGAAAUUCUCACUGAUUCGUGUGGGUAACACACAUGUCGGUUGUGUUAGCUUUCACAUUUGUGCCAAUGUCAUUCGCUGACCCGCAGCUGUGAACUGAAAACAAGUCAUCAUUGACAAUUCAUUGUUUCUCUUCGCUUGCUUACAGAAAGUGCCAGCUCCCCCCCCCCCCUAAAUCUAAAUCUGAAUCAAAUCAAUGUAAUUUUAUUACGCCUGGCCUGUAACAAGGUCCUCUGAUGCCUGACUUCAUAAAGUGCCCAAUAAAAGAGAAGUGCCCAGAACAUAUGGACAUUCCUUCAAUGUUAUUAAAACACUUUGUUUUCCCCAAAUUAAAUGAAUCUCAUUGUGAAUGAUGAGGAUCCAAUGAGAAAUGUGUCACUUUUUAAGACAGGAAAGACAUAACAAAAUGGCAGGAUGAAGUUUGGUCUCUUUUUUUUAUACCAACAUGGCUGCCAGUGAAACAAUCCCCAACUCCUGAAAGCAUUGUUGAUUGUGUUGAUUCCUCAGCUCAGACAUCACCUGGGACAACAGAGCACCAUAGCUAUUCAUGACCAAAAAAGGAUGUCCUAUAACACUGAUAAUUGAGGCUUGACCACAGCACCCUAUAAGAUGCACUGAUAUUAACGAUUUUAACCUGAAAUGGUGACCGCAUUGAAAUGUGCCUGUGCAGUCCCACUGAUCAUGUUGGUUAGCUGGGACCAAUGGUUUCUAGGCUUCAGUAGUCCAAGGUGCUCAACCUCCCUGUAUUUGACCAUGUCAUUGUAUUUCUUUACAGUCUUCUAUAGUUGUAUUCAUCAUAUGAAACGACUAUUUGGUAAAAGCAGCCAUGACGAGUAUCCUACCUGAUGAGAUGCUGAGCCUCAGGCUGCAAUGAACAGUGUGUGAUUUUUUUUUUUUUUUUUUUGUCUCCUUGACAAUAUAUAUUCAAAGUCAUUAAAAAGCCUGAUAGUGUACUGGCCUGGAUUUCCAGGUCAAAGCAAAAGUAAGGAAGCAGCAUGUGUUCUGUUGACUUGUGGAUGGUCUUGCCUUGGGGAUUGAGGUAUAAUAUUAUCAAAGCUGUAUUUUUUAGAGGUGCGCCUUUUACAGCUUCAGAGUUUGGACAGAGUUCUGAAAACGGAGGAGCGUAUAUAUAGAGAAAAACAAACAGACGUUGAUAAUAAGCAUUACAUUUAGUGAUCACCACAAACACAAAGGAAGCCUUUUGGCUGUUGGAUCUAUUGGGUCAGUCUUAAUAGAUAUGUAUUUAUUUGUUUGUGUUUUAAGCCAGUGAAACCCAGGGACUUGGUGCCAUGAUGACUCUGACAGUGCUAUUGUGUGAAAUUAUAAUCACUUGUUAUGGAAUAAUUUUUUUAUAUAGUCUUUUCACACCAGAUUUUGUUUUGUUUUGUAUUUGUACAGUGGCUUGGUGAUACUGAUGGGUUGCCAGGAGUUGAUAUUGUAACCAAUAAAAAAAAGCUUUUAACCAAGGA